CCCCGGCUGCAGAGACCCAGGGAGAGGCGUUGGCGCUGGAGACCGCGGUGGGGAGCGAGGAACGCGCGCGCGGAGAGCCAGCCGCCGGUUUGGAAGAUGACACACAACACAGUUGCCUCUUUCUCUGGCAGCAGACUAGCCAGUGAAAAAGUAUGACACAAGUUUGAUGUUUGUGUCUGCUUCCCCAAGGUCAAGAGAUUAUCUCCUUAGAAGGCAACAGUACUAUGCAUGUUAUGAAUUGUGUCUCCUUGGUCAGCGAUAAAGAAAAUGGGAAUAUUGCCUCGGCAGCUGGAUUCAUGAUCGGGCAAACGUCGUCACCUCCUCCUCCUCCUCCACCCCCUCCACCUCCACCAUGUCCAUAUUCAGGGGAGGGCUUUCUGCCCUCUCCUCCUCCUCCACCCCCACCUCCACUCCCUGGGGGGCCUCCGGCCCCACCUCCCCCUCCAGGACUACCCCCAGCUUCUCACAUGAAUGGCUACAGCCACCUCGGUAAGAAAAAGCGGAUGAGAAACUUUUUUUGGAAAACCAUUCCAGAGGAGCAAGUUCGGGGCAAAACCAACAUCUGGACUUUGGCUGCCAGACAGCAGCAUCACUACCAAAUUGAUACAAAGACCAUUGAGGAACUCUUUGGGCAGCAAGAAGAUACGACCAAGCCUUCCCAUUCUAGGAGAGGAGGAACUUUAAAUUCAUCCUUCAGAGACGCUAGGGAAGAGAUUACUAUCUUGGAUGCAAAACGGAGCAUGAACAUUGGGAUAUUUCUUAAGCAAUUUAAGAGGUCCCCUCAGUCCAUUGUAGAAGAUAUUCAUCAAGGAGAGAGUGAGCAUUAUGGAUCAGAGACAUUGCGAGAAUUUCUUAAGCUUUUGCCGGAGUCAGAGGAGAUAAAGAAAUUAAAAACAUUUAGUGGAGAUGUAUCCAAGCUGUCGCUGGCAGAUUCCUUUCUGCACUACUUGAUUCAGGUGCCAAACUAUUCACUUCGAAUUGAAGCCAUGGUGCUAAAGAAGGAAUUUCUACCUUCUUGCUCUUCUCUAUACACAGACAUAACAGUGCUAAGAACUGCUACAAAAGAGCUGAUGCUGUGUGAGGAGCUACAUUCAAUAUUACACUUGGUGCUACAGGCGGGGAAUAUCAUGAAUGCCGGAGGGUAUGCUGGCAAUGCAGUAGGAUUUAAACUGUCUUCUUUGCUCAAAUUGGCAGACACAAAAGCAAACAAGCCUGGGAUGAAUCUACUGCACUUUGUUGCACAGGAAGCCCAAAAGAAAGAUGCCGUUCUUUUAAACUUUUCUGAAAAGUUACAUCAUGUUAAGGAGGCUGCUAGAUUAUCUCUGGAUAACACGGAGGCAGAACUGCGCUCGCUCUUUAUCAGGACGAGAUCUCUGAGGGAAAACAUUCAGCGGGAUGGUGAACUUUGUCAGCAGAUGGAAGAUUUCCUUCAGUUUGCUGUGGAAAAGCUGACGGAACUGGAGCGCCAGCAGCAAGAGCUCCAGGACGAGGCCCACACCCUUAUAGAUUUUUUCUGCGAAGACAAAGAAACCAUGAAACUGGAUGAGUGCCUUCAGAUCUUUAGAGAUUUUUGUGUCAAAUUCAACAAAGCAGUGAAGGACAACCAGGACCGCGCAGUGCAGGAGCUGAGGCAGCUGCAGCGGCUGAAGGAGCUGGAGCAGAAGCGUCACUCCUGGGCAGCUGGGGAGCUCGGGGGCUUCUGCCGGAGCAGCAGUGAGAAUGAUGUGGAGCUGCUGACCAAGAAGGGCACAGAGAACCUGCCCGCCUUCCUGCAGCACGGGCCCGCCAGCCCCUCCUACCGGCCUCCCAACAACCGCCGCUCUCGCCUUUCCCUCGGCGCCUUCGCUGACCAGGAGCUGCUGACCUUCCUGGAGAGUUCCACUGGCAGCCCCGAGGAGCCCAGCAAGUUCAACAGCUUGCCCCGGAGCAGCCCCCGGCAGGCCCGGCCCACAGUGGCCUGGAUGGAGCCCAGGGACCCGAGGGUCCAGGACGCCAGCCAUGCACACAGACCUCAGGCCUCAGAGAGCCAGGAGGAGGCCCCUAAGCCCCCCUCAUCUUGGCAGAACCAGCUCCCAGCCCCCCGGCCUGAGGACCCUGCGCCCCUCCCCCACCGAGCUCAGCGCAGUGGGGCAGGCAUCCUCCGAAAGAGGAAUAGCGAGCCCAUGGACCUGGCUCCAACCCGGUCCCCUCCACUCUCGCCAUUGGCGCUGGGGAUUAAGGAGCAUGAGCUGGUGACAGGACUGGCUCAGUUCGACCUCCAGGGACCUAAGGGCCUAGAGGAGGUGCCCCGGCUAACCCUGAAUGACCUCAGCCCCAUGGAGCCUGUGUCUCUGGGGCAUGAGAGCACACAGUCCCUUGGUGCCAGCCACAGUGGCCUGCUGCCUGUUGUGGGCACAAGUGGCCCGGGGGAUCUCAGUCCAGCCCUGGAGGGGCAUGGGACUGCCCCUCACCAGCCUAGUGCCGAGGCUCUGCUAUCUGUGGGCAGCAGCGACCAUGAGAGCAAAGACCCUGGCCCUUUGUUUUACGUCUCGGACGCCACCGACUGCUCGCUGACGCUGGACUGCUCGGAGCCAGGGGAGGGGGCCGGUGGGGAUGGCUCCCACUCCUCUGGUGCUGGGGAGACAGGCAGCCAGGUCUCCUCUCGCCCUGCUUCCUGUCCCCUUGGGGAGGCUUCUGCUCCUCUCUCUGGGAAGAGUGAGCCCAGCAGUAAGGACACCCUUCCCAGGGACAGACCCGCCAAAGGGAAGGAUGUGACAGCACCAAAGAGAAGCUCCCUCAAAGAGGCGUCCCAGGGGAGCGCCAAGGCAGUGAGUGCCAGGCGGAGUCAAGGGGCGGCGCCUAAGCCUGUGAGGACUUUAACGCCCUCCGAGAACGAGAGCAUGCGCAAAGUCGUCCCCAUCUCCAGGUCAAGCCGCGGCUCGGCGGGCUGGAAGCGGCCCCCCAGCGAGACGCCUAGCAGCACAGCACAGCAGCAGUGGUCACGCCGGGGCUCUGCACGGGGGACCUCGGACCUGUCGCCCAGGAGGCCCUCGACAGGGGCCGCGACAGUGGCGGAGGAGCAGAGGCUGGCGAGGGCUAGCAGCGGUUCCGGCAGUGCCCGGCCAGGGAAGGAGCAAUCCCUGCAGCCCAGGGGCUCCUUCAAGAAGCCCAGCGCCAAGCCCCUCAGGAACGUCCCCAGACAGAAGCCCGAGGAAAGUAAGACCUGCGGCUCCAACUCCGAGAGCCCCGAGGAGGAGCCGAAGGCCCCGCCACCCCCCAGCGCCCCCCGUGCCCCGCCUCCUGUGCCCAGCUUUGCCCGAAACACAGUUGCCUCCUCAUCUCGGUACAUGAGAACAGAUUCCCCUCCUGUGACCAAGGCCUCUGGCAUCACUCGGACUGUUUCCCAGCGUCAGCUGAGGCCAAAGGGUAGCCCUGAGGAUGCCAUCCCCAAGGACAGCAGCACCCUGCGGAGGGCCAGUAGUGCCCGGGCCCCCAAAAAGUAUCCAGAGUCUGCUGGGGGUCCCAGUGCCAACACAGAGGUCCCUCCAAAGGGCCGAGGGGCUGGGGAGAGGGCCUCCCUCAGACUGAAAUACUCAUAUCCCACCACGCUGGGGAAAACCCUCGAUUCCUUACAGAAGUGAUGGGUGUCUGUUCUCUCACGGCCUGGGGCUCAGAUGGUGAGGACUGACUCCUGUUACAGGCCAGCACCAGAUGUCUCUGUUCCAUGUACAGGCACCCACUGGUGCCAAUCGCUAACACUCAUGUCACUGAAGGUGUGGUCCUAGAGGCGGCGUCUCCCCACUGCAUCUCCUCCUGCUGUAAAGUCCCCAUUCUGGAUGCACACCUGCUACCAUGCCGGUGGGACCCACACACUCCCCACAAGCAGAGACCCCAUGAAAGACGCAGAUGUCUGAGAUGACCUUCUUCCCUACCAAGUAGAAGUAUGGCCAGUUUUUCUAUACUGAACUUAUUUUUGAAUACUAUGAAAGUUGGGGAUUUUAGUUCCUUUUGCAGAAUGAAAUGCCUCCUAAGAAUAAAAAGACAAAACCCUUGAUAUGAAGACAUUUGUAUUUUUCCGUGUUCCCUGGCCUCAGGGUUCCACCUGCCCACACACCGUCCAUUGCUGGCAACUGGACUUCCCUGCAAGCCCUGGGUGCUCUGGUUGGCACCGUCUCCUUGAAGGCUCCCUGUGUCGCUCAUCUCUCUGCAUGUGACUCCGGGUGAGGGUUUGCUUGCGAGCAGGAGGGAAAGCUGGACUGGGGCCUGGAAACCAAUGCUCCCACGUGCUCAGGACAGGUACCCCGGGCAGCGCCUUCCCUGCAGACGGGGAGCAGCCCCGGGGAGGACGCCGGAUCUUCCGGAACUUACAAGUGCCAUAUUUUCAUGGAAAGACAUUCAGCGGCUGUUCCGCUGAGCAUACCUCCCCUUCCAUGUUUUCCCAUUUGUGUUUCUGUUAUAAAACUGAGUGAAGGCUGCUAUGACAUGGGAUCGCUCAACUUACAGGGAAGAAAUACCCUUCUGUCUCCCAGUCUUGUCCCUCCCCUCUCUGUCUGCAGCCAGCCCUUCCUUCUCUUGCUAAUGUAACACAGAGCUGGGGGAGUCUGCGUGUACCCAUGCCAAUGGCGAUGCUUCUCAAUGUUGGUGUCUGGUCUUUGUGGUACAACGGUUCUUAAAUCCUGAGGAAAACCAAAUAAAUGUUUUUAAACAGACCAAAAAAAGGAAAAAAAAAAACUACUUUCAGAAGAAUUUAUAUCAUUAGGAAAUUUUGGGGAAAAAAGGCUUUAUUCUGAAGAAGGGAAAAACAUGUAUUGUUUCUACUAUCUACCCAUUUUACUACUUCCUUUUGAAGCUAAUUAGGAAAUGAAGCGAUUCAGGAAACUUGUUAUUUUAAAGUUGCUCCCCACUUUGCUUCACUUCUGGUCAUUUAUUGAAAUAUCAGUGAAACCUCGCCGUGGGUCCAACAGUAGUAGGAAUUCAGUGAAUCCACGCGGUUGAUGUUCCAGUCUUUCUCCUGUGGGAUGUUGCCUUUCGUCCAAAUUAAUUGGAAACUCUGAGCUGCCGUAAGUCAGCCAAAUUGAAAAGGUACAUUAGGGUUGAAGAAGUAAGGCACCUGACCUCAAAACCUUUUGUAAAAAUAGCCUCAAGUAUGUAUUUCCUGGGCCCCACCAAGAUGGCUAUGGGAAUCCUGCACUGGUUUUUACCAUCUCAAAAGCCUAAGAAAUAGAUUUAACCAUGCAGACAACAGCAUUCAAGACAUAGGGCCCAUGGGUGGGUGGAAAUGGACAGAAGAGAUCACAAGUUUGUGGAUAGCCAUGGGGUCAGGGCCUCCAGGUGAGGAUUCUGGGAACCAGGGUCCCAGCCCCUGCUUGGUCGCUGAUGCUAUGUGACUUCACAAAUCACUCCAGAACCCUCUCUUUCCCAGUCCACGGAAGUGGGGGCAUGGCUUCAGUGAUGGCUUCUAAAGGUCCCUUAGCUCCCAUCCGGAGCUCUUAUCAACAACAAGGACCCUCUGCCUCAGGACCAGCUCUCCAAACUGGCCCCCGGCCCCUCCAUAGCAGAAGCCUCAUGUCAAAGGCCUGCUUAACAUAAAGCACCUUCAGAAUGUGUUGUUGCUUUGAAAUCGAGUAAGCUGAGUUUCUUGAGAAGCGGUAUUUUACUUAGCCCUGUGGACCCUAUGUGUAUGCAUCUGUGUGAGCAGGUGAUCAUUCUAUUACCUUUUAUUGGUAGUAAGCUUUGAAAAAUAAUUUAAGUAUCUAAUGGAGAAAUGUAAAUAAAUUUCUAUAUAAAUUUGUUUAAGAUGAACUGAAUGUAUUUAAAGGCCCAUUUAUAUGUUCUUUUAUGUAACAUGUAGUUUAAUAAAGUUCCUGUUUAUGAGA